AUGUCCAAACUAUCACGGCUCCAUGAGCUUCUAGUAGUGAAAAGAACUGCACGAGAUGGCAACUAUCGUACUGUUGAUAUGCUUGACAAUGACUCCAUCCGACCGACACCGGUAAAGGAGCGAACAUGGUCCCAACUCACCUACAUCAUGUUCUGGUUCUCUGCGACUGCGAAUGUCAGCAAUCUGUACACGGCUUCCACGGGAAUGUCCAUGGGAUUAACCAUGUGGGAGGCUAUCGGAUGCUCCUUCGGUGGUCAGAUUCUUGCCGGUGCCUUGAUGGCUGUUAACGGGCGUGCUGGUGCCAUGUACCGCAUUCCGUUUCCUGUUCUUUGUCGUUCCAGCUUUGGACAUUGGGGAGCACUGUGGCCGACUUUCAAUCGUGCGGCCAUGUCGGUUGUAUGGAACGGUGUCAACACGGUCCAGGGAGGGCAAUGUUUAUAUGUCUUUCUUCAUGCCGUAUUCCCUUCUAUCGAAAAUAUCCCGGAUAAGAUGGGACCCAAGUCGGCGUUGACUUCAGCACAGAUGAUGUGUUUCUUCGUCUAUUGGUUUAUCAAUUGCGCAUUCUUAGUGGUACCUGUACCAAAGAUGAAGUCUCUGGUCUACAUAAAAGUCGUGGUGUACUUUGGUGCAGCCUUUGCUAUGCUGGGAUGGACUGUGUCUAUUGCCGGAGGCUCCCUGAAGUCACUCAAUGCGCCCUCAGAAAUCAAGGGUGCCGAGAAAAGUUAUCUUAUCUUCAAGUUCUUCUUCUUGGGACUUGCAAGCUGUGGAACAUUUAUCUCCAAUGCGUCCGAUCUCCAGCGAUAUGCUACAAAGCCUAAUGACGUGCUCAUUGGCCAGUUUGUCAGCUUCCCACUGUCAAACUUCCUGGUUGCCAUUCUAGGAAAUCUCAUCGCAUCAGCUAGCAAAGAGAUUUUUGGAGAGAUCAUCUGGAGCCCGCUGAAAUUCUUGGACAAAUUGAUGGAAGGAGAGCGGUACACCUCAGGGAACCGCGCAGCCUGUGCCUUUAUUGCUCUGGCAUUCGUAUAUUCGACUGUCUUCUCUGCCAUUUUUGAGAACUCUAUACCUGCGGGCAACGACAUUGCAGCCCUACUACCAAAAUACAUUUCAGUCAAACGAGGAUUCUUCAUCUGUGCUGUCCUCUCCUACGCCAUCUGCCCGUGGUAUCUCCUCUCAUCAGCCUCAAUCUUCAUCACAUUCCUCUCCUCGUACCAGAUUUUCCUAUCAGCAAUUACCGGAAUUCUCAUUUGCGACUACUACGUCAUUCGCCGAGGUCUGCUCAACAUUCCAGCCCUCUACGUCAAAAAACCAAGUCCGUACCGAUACUUCCACGGAUUUAACCUACGCGCCUUCUUAGCCUACAUUAUUGCUGUUGCGCCAAACUUUUACGGGUUCCUCUUCCAGAUGGGUGUCAAAGCGCCUCUAGGUAUCCAGCGAUUCUACUAUGUCGCCUACCCUACCGGCUUGAUAAUCGGAUUUGGCGUUUAUUACGUGUCAUGUCUGGUUUUCCCUCCGCCUGACAUGGAGAAGGCAUCUGGGUGGAUGGAGCCCAAGGACUUUGUGGAAGAUGAUGAUAUUGUUGGGAGUGAUGGGUCUACUAUUGAUGCAGUUGAUCCCGGCUACACGGAGAAGGGGGCUGUCGCUGUCACUAGAGCAGCUGAUAGCGAAAAGAGCUCGUUUUGA